CUAAGCGAUAGUGGAGAAAGGAAACUGAGAACUUCGGACUGUAGCGGAGCCGGUAGAGAGCUUUGAGGCAGCGUGAGGGUGUAUCGCCAGGCUCGCACCUGUCCGGAGGAAGGCACAUGCGGAGAAAAUGCCCACAAACUUUACUGUGGUCCCUGUGGAGGACAACAGGACUGAGUCGCUGCAGGAGGAAGCAGACGUUCAGAGCCACUCUCAAGAGUUUUACCCAGGUGAUACCAUCCCGAAGGAAGACAGUCCUUUCAUCGACAGAGACAAUGACCAGGAGAGCUAUUAUGAUGGAAAGAACAUGGCACUUUUUGAGGAGGAGAUGGACAGUAACCCCAUGGUGUCCUCACUCCUCAACAAACUGGCCAACUACACCAACCUGACGCAGGGAGUGGUGGAGCAUGAGGAAGCCGAGAAUGAGGAGGGAGCCAAGAGGAAAACCGUCAAGAGUCCACAGAUGGGCACCUUCUUUGGCGUCUACCUGCCCUGCCUGCAGAACAUUCUGGGCGUCAUCCUCUUCCUGCGCCUCACCUGGAUCGUGGGCACAGCGGGCAUCUUGGAAGCCUUUGCCAUUGUCUUCAUGUGCUGCUCCUGUACCAUGCUGACUGCCAUCUCCAUGAGCGCCGUAGCCACCAACGGCGUUGUGCCAGCUGGUGGCUCCUACUACAUGAUCUCCAGGUCCCUGGGCCCAGAGUUUGGCGGCGCCGUGGGUCUCUGCUUCUACCUGGGCACCACUUUUGCCGGAUCCAUGUACAUCCUGGGAACCAUCGAGAUCUUCCUGACCUACAUCGUGCCAAGUGUGGCCAUCUUCACAGCAGAGAAGAAGGAGGAUGAGGCCGCAGCCAUGCUGAACAACAUGCGCGUGUACGGCACGGGCUGCCUGCUCCUCAUGGCCCUGCUGGUCUUCGUGGGGGUCAAGUACGUCAACAAAAUGGCACUGGUCUUCCUCUCCUGUGUGGUGCUCUCCAUCAUCGCCAUCUACGCCGGGGUCAUCAAGACCGCCUUCGAGUCGCCCCACUUCCCGAUCUGCCUCUUGGGGAACCGAAUCUUGGAGAACCUCGACUUUGACAAGUGCCUGAAGAAGGAGGUGGUCAACAAUGUGACAGUGCCCACCAAGCUAUCGACCCUGUUCUGUGAUAGUCCGUUCCAGGAAGAGAACUGUGAUGAGUACUUCAAGCUCAACAAUGUGACAGAGAUCAAAGGCAUCCCUGGUCUAUUGAGCGGGGUCAUCUCAGAAAACCUGUGGAGCAGCUAUGGGCCCAGUGGCAUGCUGGUGGAGAAGGCGGGGCACGAGUACAUCCCGGCUCAGAACACCUCCAGGGAUAGUAGCCUGCCCUACGUCUUCAACGACAUCACCACCGUCUUCACGCUGCUGGUGGGCAUCUACUUCCCCUCCGUGACAGGAAUCAUGGCUGGCUCCAACAGGUCUGGAGACCUCCGAGAUGCCCAGAGGUCCAUUCCCACAGGAACCAUCCUGGCCAUUGUAACCACCUCUUUCAUAUACAUGUCCUGUGUCCUGUUGUUUGGUGCAUGUAUUGAAGGUGUAGUUCUAAGAGACAAGUUCGGACACUCUGUCCAUAAAAACCUGGUGAUUGGUACAUUGUCCUGGCCCUCGCCUUGGGUCAUUGUCAUCGGCUCCUUCUUCUCCUGCUGUGGGGCGGGGCUUCAGAGCCUCACUGGCGCCCCCCGGCUGCUGCAGGCCAUAGCACGCGAUGGCAUAGUGCCCUUCCUGCAGGUGUUUGGCCACGGUAAGGCCAACGGGGAACCCACCUGGGCUCUGCUGCUGACUGCUGCCAUCUGUGAAAUCGGGAUACUGAUCGCCUCCCUGGACGCUGUGGCCCCUAUCCUGUCCAUGUUCUUCCUGAUGUGCUACCUCUUUGUCAACCUGGCCUGUGCUGUUCAGACACUGCUCCGCACCCCCAACUGGAGGCCCCGCUUUAAAUUCUACCACUGGACCCUCUCAUUCCUGGGCAUGAGCCUCUGUCUCUCCCUCAUGUUCAUCUCCUCCUGGUAUUACGCCCUGGUGGCCAUGCUGAUUGCUGGCUGCAUCUACAAGUACAUUGAGUACAGAGGAGCGGAAAAGGAAUGGGGUGAUGGUAUCCGGGGGCUGUCCCUCAAUGCUGCACGCUACGCCCUCAUCCGCCUGGAGGAGGCUCCUCCCCACACCAAGAACUGGAGACCCCAGCUGUUGGUGCUUCUGAACCUGGAUGGGGAGCUGGCCGUGAAGCACCCCCGCCUGCUGUCCUUCACCACACAGCUGAAGGCUGGCAGGGGCCUGACCAUCGUCAGCUCCGUGCUGGAGGGCACCUACCUGAGCAAAGGCGCCGAGGCCAAACGGGCUGAGCAGAGCAUCAAAUCGGCCAUGUCUGCGGAGAAGACGAAGGGCUUCUGCCACGCGGUGGUGUCCUCGAACCUGCGGGACGGCUUCUCCCACCUGAUCCAGACGGCAGGGCUGGGGGGCAUGAAGCACAACACUGUGCUGAUGGCCUGGCCUGGCAACUGGAAGCAGGCGGAGGACAGUCAGUCCUGGAGGAACUUCAUCGAGACCAUCAGGGAGACAACGGCGGCUCACCAAGCCCUGCUGGUGGCCAAGAACGUGGACAGCUUCCCGACCAACCUGGAGCGCCUGGAGGGAACCAUCGAUGUCUGGUGGAUCGUGCAUGAUGGAGGCCUGCUCAUGCUGCUGCCCUUCCUCUUCCAUCAGCACAAGGUUUGGAGAAGGUGUAAGAUGCGAAUUUUUACCGUGGCUCAGAUGGACGACAACAGCAUCCAGAUGAAGAAGGACCUGCAGAUGUUCCUCUACCACCUCCGGCUUGACGCUGAGGUGGAGGUGGUGGAGAUGCAUGAACGUGACAUCUCAGCCUUUACCUACGAGAAAACACUGGUGAUGGAGCAGCGCUCUCAAAUGCUGAAGCAGAUGCGGCUGUCCAGGACAGAGCGAGAGAGAGAGAUUCAGAGCAUCACUGACGAGUCCCGCAGCUCCAUCAAGAGGAAGAAUCGCCCAGCUACCCAAUCGCAGGCUCCUUCUGACGCCACACAGCCAGACAAGGUAGCAGGGCCCUGCCCACGUGCUGAGAGCGCCGCAUGCGGCGGGCGCUUACAGAGCCACAGCUCCCCCCUGCGCCCCCAGCCCCCCCACGCUCCUGCGAGCAGCUGCAUUCAAGCUGAAAUGGCAGGCGACUGUGGCGCUGAAAGUGUCCUCAUCUGCAGCCGGCGCCCUUUGCCCUCUGCGCAUGCUGCCGCAGCACCGGCCACUCGAACCCGAAGCCGCCUUGCUGCAUGUGUAGAGUUUGCUGUCCAUGUUCAACACGCAUCCUUAACUUCUGUGUUUUGUUGUUAACUAUAGAGUAUGGGAAUGACUUUGAUGUAUAUUUAUGCAUGUUUUCUCAUUGACAUUGUUUGACCUGAACACAUUGAAUGUAUCAUUUUCUUUUUCUAACCCAUUUCUUGCAUGACAUUUGCAUUCCUUUAUGUUCCUAGUUUUUAACUUUUUCUUUAUUUUGCAGUUUUGGCCUGUUCAUUUGACAAAUUUUUCCUGCUCUUUUAUUUUGAUGAAAUGCAUUGAAAUCAGCCUUGCAGUAUUUUCUUUAACGCAAUGCAGUUAUUGUGCUAAAAAUGUUAAACUUCCAGUAGUUCAAACGGUAAAUAUACCCUGGAAAUGAGUUAUGAGGAGAUGCCACAGUGUCCUCAACAUUUUACAGAUGAACAGCUUAGUUUUGUUCCACAAACAGCCAAUUCUCAAAUAUGAAGCAUUGUCAUUUUUUUCAAAGUUGCCAUGGAUUUAUCUAGAAAUCUGCACACUUUCAGGUUUUGUGUCUUACAUAUUAUUCUCCUUUUUAUUUCUGUUGUGUCAUAGACCCGAAAACAGUCUUGUUGUUUGUCUUUACUGAGUAUUUUAGUGACACUCCCUGUGUGGUGAGAGCGUCAUGUGAUGGUGAGCUGGUUGUAGCACCAUCGCAGUCUGAUGUCAGACUCUACUU